GUAAGGCUGCUGUGACGCCGAGCACGCAAUAUGACGUCACCGUGGGAGUGUCGACCAUCGGGAGAAAUGAACGAUCAUCAACUCAGCGCUCAUCAUGUGGUUUUUCUAAAUUCCCACAAACAAGGCUUGGUUUGGAUAAGUGACCCAGAGAAAGCGUGGCUGGAGUUUGGCUUGAAUUAUUAGGCCUUUUCUGUGUUAAUAAGUGCACAGAUCUGCUGCUAAUGAUCACACAUAAAGUCUGCGUCGGUACGGAGACACACAGAGGGUUACCCCUUCUUUCCACCGGAGCCGUCAGCAGCACGUUACUGCAGCAGCACGUCUUGCUCGCGUAAGCUGCUGCUUGGCCCUUCCCACGAGACGCGAUGCAGCAGGGGAGCAGCUGUCACCGACAGAGCACAAAGUCACAAGAGUGACUUUGUCAGUAAACACAAUAACAAGCAGGAGAAAAUUACAACAUGGCUCCAAAAGCUUUUCCUGAGUUGUGAGUCAGAAGAGAAGAGGCUGGGCUGAUGACAAGCAUGACAUUGAGCCAAGCCACAGAUGCAUGCCCACUCAAAAGGCCCAACUGAGCACCAUCCCCUCUGCUUCCCGGCUCCUACCCGGCCUCUCAGAGGGGGGGGUGUCGACGGGGCGUAGCUAGUCUCCUGCAACCCCCCCCCCCCCCCCCUCCGUAGAGCCUCACUGUGAAACUGGAGGCCUCUGAUGGAUCAGGGUAGUAGUGAGCAGAGUCCGGAGGAGCCGGACGCUGGAGGCCGAGCGGAGCUGGAGGUCGGCAGGAGGGCGUCGGAGUCAGAGCACGGCUUGUCCAAAAUCACACACAAUGCCCUGGAGAACAUGGGAGCGUUGGGCCAUGGCCUGAAGCAGUUCUUCCAGCCACAGCGCCGACGCUCCUCCGUUUCUCCACAUGACUCCGCCUUGUCCUGCACGAGUGCCCCUCCCUCCGAACCCACUGAUGUCGGGUCAGAAGUGGGGGAUGCUCCCGCUUCCUCGGCCCUCUCUUUGGAUUCUGACAACCCCACCGCUUCCGCCCCUCCUGCAGCUCUGAGCCGUGUUCUACAGCAGAUCCGAGGUCCGCCGAUGAUGAAGCGAGGCACCAGUCUGCAGAGUCGCCGCAGCAAGGCUGGGACCGCUGGCGAUCCUCCCCAGAAAGGAAGCCCGCAGAUCCACCGACGGAGCACUCAUGAGGCCCUGCUGCAGGCUGGACGGCCACGCUCGUCCUCCACCACAGACACACCUAGCAGUCCGGCCCUAGUGGACAUGCUGCUGACCUCUGGGUACCACUCCACUGAAGAGCCUGACAAGCUGGAUCGGUAUGAUGGAUCGGGCCCAGCCGUCUCCCCCAGUGCCCUCCUUUACGGCGCUGAGGGCUACGAUGUGGUAGACAGUACCCCGGACCCCCAUCGUACCAAACAGGCCAUCGCUCAGCUGCAGCAGAAGAUCCUGAAACUCACAGAACAAAUCAAAAUAGAACAAACGGCUCGUGAUGACAAUGUGGCUGAGUACCUGAAACUUGCCAAUAAUGCAGACAAGCAGCAGAGCGCACGAAUCAAGCAGGUGUUUGAGAAGAAGAACCAAAAAUCGGCUCAGACUAUCCAGCAGCUGCAGAGAAAGCUAGAGCACUACCACCGCAAACUCCGGGAGGUGGAGCACAACGGCAUUCCUCGCCAGCCCAAAGAUGUUUUCAGAGACAUGCACCAGGGGCUGAAAGAUGUUGGAGCGAAGGUCACAGGGGGUCUGUCCAGCAUCUCUCAAGCCACUCACUCUGCAGCUGGAGCUGUGGUGUCCAAGCCAAGAGAGAUUGCUUCCCUCAUCCGCAACAAGUUUGGCAGCGCUGAUAACAUUGCAGCUCUGAAAGACUCUUUGGAUGAAACACAAGGAGAUGAAGGCAUUGGUCCUGGGGGAUCACGAGCCCUCGGUACUGGACAGUUACAAUCCAGCCCAAAGUAUGGCAGUGAAGAUGACUGUUCUAGUGCUACUUCUGGUUCUGCUGGGGCUAACAGCACCCCUGGAGCCCCUGGAGGCCCCCCUAGCUCCAGGGGUAACACUCUGGAUCCCCAGACCUCGGGCUUUGAUGCUAUAUUCCACGAGAUCCAGGAGCUCCGGGAAAACCAAGGCCGACUGGAGGAGUCCUUUGAGAGUUUAAAAUCCCACUAUCAGCGGGACUACACCAUGAUCAUGGCUGCUCUGCAGGAGGAGAGAUACCGGUGUGAACGUUUAGAAGAACAACUCAAUGACCUAACAGAACUGCACCAGAAUGAGAUUCUGAAUCUCAAACAGGAACUAGCCAGCAUGGAGGAGAAGAUUGCCUACCAGUCUUAUGAAAGAGCCAGAGACAUACAGGAGGCGCUGGAGGCUUGUCAGACACGCAUUUCCAAGAUGGAGCUUCAGCAGCAGCAGCAGCAGGUGGUGCAGCUGGAGGGGCUGGAGAACGCCACGGCACGGACUCUUCUCGGAAAACUAAUAAAUGUGCUGCUGGCUGUCAUGGCCGUCCUUUUGGUGUUUGUGUCCACGGUGGCCAACUGCGUCGUCCCGCUGAUGAAAACACGCAGCCGCACGCUUUCCACGUUACUCCUGAUAAUCCUGCUGGCCUUUCUGUGGAGGCACUGGGAGGCUAUUUCAGAUUAUCUGCACCGCUUCCUGCUUCACCCCAGAUGACUGACAGGAUGGAUGGACAAAAUCCUAAAUCUAUAAAGGGACUUUGGGCACUAAGAUGACUGCGUAAAGGGAGGACCUGCACAGGAAGUGGAGUCUUAAUCGUCCUGUCUUUAAUUAUCCUUAAUCUCAAAACACUCAGGAGUGAAUCAGAAGUUUUGUCUCUUGACCACGUCCUGACCUGUGGAUUGGGAAGAAGGGAUCUGAAUGAAGGAGAAACUAAAGGCUGGAUGGUUGGUGGACCUUCAAUUCUAGGUGCAAUGGUGGUACAAGCACAUCCUGUAGGAGUGGACGGAGCGCGGAUGAAGGAGGGUCUGAGAGAACCGCACACUUGAUUUCUCUCUUCUGAGUGAAUUUGUUUACACGUGGAAAACCUCGUUGGUUUUCCACAUUAGUUUUUAUUACUUUGGAGUGGAUUUAAGUGGUAUUGUUCUGAAGUCUCGGUUAUUUCUAACACAGCUGAUUAAUGCAUUUUCAUUUUUAACCGUAACGAGCCAACAGUGUUCUGCAGUUUUAAUGUCCCAAGUUAUUAUUUGUAACCAUAUUUUUUCUCUUUUUGGUCUUGUGAUUCUGGGUUUUUAACCCCCCCCCCACCCCCCGACCCCCGCUUUUUACCUCUUUAAUUACAGCUUUUGUUACCAAGUUCUCCUUUUCCAGCUAUCUUCACACUGAAGAUCAGGGUGCCUGCAAAUCAGAUACAUCACUUUGAUAUCAGACUUGUCACUGGAUCGAACUGUUGUGCGUUCUUGAAAUGUUUCUUUUGGAUGUGUGGAGUCAAACCCACUGGUUCUGCCACAACCAGUAUACUACUAUCAGACUUCGUGUGUUUGGAUCGGGACUGUGCCAGCUGGAUGCUACUUUCCUGGGGGCAUUUUCAGGGCAGAACAAUAAUCUAUGAACUGAAUUAACAUACUUGAAGAGCGGCUAAAGUGCUCAAAGACUUAGUGCUUCCGUACUGUUUCUAUUAGUGAAUAUGAAAUAGUAAUACAUUUUAGUUGUUUAUUUUUAAUUUUUAAAGAAAUAAAUUUGCUGUUUUAAGAGGUA